UAGGCUUAUGAGCGGCCACAGAAACACUCAGCUCUCCACUAUGACCCAGGCCUCCCACAGGAUUUCACCAGUGACACCUUAAAACCAAAGCACCAGCAAAAAAGCAGCAGCCAGAACCACAUGGACUGGUCCACCAACUCUGACAAUGGACCUGCCACUCAGAAUUGCUUCAUCAGUCCAGAGUCUGGCAGAGAAACUGCAAGCACCAGCAAGAUCCCAGCUCUUGAGCCCAUGGCUUCCUUUGCAAAGGCCCAGGGUAAGAAAGGCAGUGCAGGGAGCACAUGGAAUCAGUUGUCUAACAGUAACAAAGAUCUGCUCUUGGGAGGUGUGGUUCCAUCUCCAAGCAACCACAGCUCACCAGCCCCACCCAGCAGCUCUGCUGAGUGCAGUGGGAUUCAGCCCUUGGUAGAUCAAGAUGGAGGAAGUACAAAGGAGCCCCUUGAACCACCUACUAUAAGCAGCAAGAAAAAGUCCAGUAAAAAAGACGUGAUAAGUCAAACCAUACCAAACUCAGACCUAGACUGGGUCAAGAAUGCUCAGAAAGCAUUUGACAGUACAGAAGGGAAAAGGGAAGGCUACUCUGCAGAUAAUGCCCAAGAGGCCUCACCAGCCAGGCAGAAUGUGAGUUCCAUCAGUAAUCCUGAAAAUGACUCAAGCCAUGUCCGGAUUACUAUCCCUAUCAAGGCACCUUGCCUCGAUCCAAGCAGCCAUAAGAGGAAAAAGAGACAGUCCAUCAAAGCAGUGGUGGAAAAGAUCAUGCCAGAGAAAGCCUUGACUUCUGGAAUCACUAUGAGCAGUGAAGUAGUUAAUAGGCUAUUUUCCAACCCUGAGGGUAAUAAGAAAGAUCCCCGUGUCCCUAAGUUGGGUAAAAUGAUGGAGAACGAGUUGCCCUCAGCUGGCCUUGAAACUGGUGUAAAUGCAGAGAAAGUUGUCCCAGGAGGUGUACCUAAGCAGAGAAAGCCACCCAUGGUCAUGACGCCUCCAACAUGCACAGAUCACUCUCCAAGAAAGCUGCCAGAAAUCCAGCACCCCAAAUUUGCCGCAAAACGGAGGUGGACGUGCAGCAAACCAAAACCCACCAGUCUGCUUCGGGAGGCAGUCAUGGCCACCUCCGAUAAACUGAUGGUGGAACCACCUUCUGCUUAUCCCAUCACUCCAUCCAGCCCUCUCUACACCAACACAGACAGUCUUACUGUGAUCACGCCAGUCAAAAAGAAGCGGGGGCGACCAAAGAAGCAGCCUUUGCUCACGGUUGAGACAAUUCAUGAGGGGACGUCCACCAGUCCAGUCAGUCCCAUCAGUCGGGAGUUUCCUGGCACCAAGAAGAGAAAGAGACGACGCAGUUUAGCUAAGUUGGCCCAACUAGUGCCGGGAGAGGACAAACCCAUGAGUGAGAUGAAAUUUCACAAAAAAGUUGGAAAGCUUGGGGUAUUGGAUAAGAAGACCAUCAAAACUAUUAAUAAGAUGAAAACACUCAAGAGGAAAAAUAUAUUGAACCAGAUCUUGUCCUGCUCCAGCAGCAUAGCACUGAAGGCCAAAGCUCCCCCGGAGACCAGCCCUGGAGCAGCAGCGAUCGAGAGCAAACUGGGCAAACAGAUUAAUGUCAGCAAGAGGGGCACCAUCUACAUCGGCAAGAAAAGGGGCAGGAAGCCGAGGGCAGAGCUGCCACCCCCAUCCGAAGAACCCAAAACAGCCAUCAAGCACCCGAGGCCUGUUUCUAGCCAGCCGGAUGUUCCCGCCGUGCCUUCCAACUUUCAGUCACUUGUGGCGUCUUCACCAGCAGCUAUGCACCCACUUUCGACACAGUUGGGUGGGUCCAAUGGCAACCUGAGCCCCGCCAGCACUGAAACCAAUUUUUCAGAGUUGAAAACUAUGCCAAAUCUCCAGCCCAUCAGUGCUCUUCCAACCAAAACCCAAAAGGGAAUCCAUAGUGGGACCUGGAAGCUGUCUCCACCCAGGCUGAUGGCCAACUCCCCUUCACACCUUUGCGAGAUCGGGUCACUUAAGGAGAUAACACUGUCCCCUGUGAGCGAGUCCCACAGUGAAGAGACGAUCCCGAGUGACAGUGGCAUUGGGACAGACAACAACAGCACGUCUGACCAAGCAGAGAAGAGUUCUGAAUCCCGACGGAGGUACUCUUUUGAUUUCUGCUCCCUGGACAACCCGGAGGCCAUCCCAUCUGACACCAGCACAAAGAACCGGCAUGGCCACCGGCAGAAGCAUCUCAUCGUGGACAACUUUCUGGCCCACGAAAGCCUCAAGAAGCCAAAGCACAAGAGGAAACGGAAAAGCCUGCAAAAUCGUGAUGAUCUCCAGUUUCUGGCAGACCUAGAAGAGCUCAUCACUAAGUUCCAGGUGUUCAGGAUCUCCCACCGGAGUUAUACCUUCUACCAUGAGAAUCCGUAUCCCAGCAUUUUUCGGAUUAAUUUUGAUCACUAUUACCCGGUGCCAUAUAUCCAGUAUGACCCGUUGCUCUAUCUUCGUAGGACUUCAGACUUAAAGUCAAAGAAGAAGCGUGGUAGGCCUGCAAAAACCAAUGACACCAUGACAAAGGUGCCUUUUUUACAAGGGUUCAGCUACCCUAUUCCCAGUGGAAGUUACUAUGCACCCUAUGGAAUGCCUUACACAUCAAUGCCUAUGAUGAACCUUGGUUAUUACAGUCAGUACCCAGCUCCUCUGUACCUGUCACACACGCUCGGAGCAGCGUCCCCAUUCAUGAGGCCAACAGUGCCGCCACCUCAGUUCCACACGAGCUCCCACGUGAAGAUGUCUGGUACGGCUAAGCAUAAAGCAAAACACGGGAUGCACCUGCAGGGGCCCGUGGGCCUGGGCCUCGGUGACAGGCAGCCACCCCUGAAUCCUCCCAAGGCGGGCGGCGCCAGCCUGUCCAGCGGUCGGCUCCACAAGCGGAAACACAAACACAAGCACAAGCACAAGGAAGACCGGCUCCUGGGGACCCACGACAACCUGAGUGGUCUCUUCGCAGGCAAAGCCACUGGCUUCUCCAGCCACAUCCUGGGCGAGCGGCUGAGCAGCGCGGACAAAGAGCUCUCCUUGGUGAGUGAGAAGAGCAAGCAUAAGGAGAAGCAGAAGCACCAGCACAGUGAAGCCGGCCACAAAGCGUCCAAGAACAACUUUGAGGUGGACACCUUGUCUACGCUGUCGCUUUCGGACGCCCAGCAUUGGACGCAGGCCAAGGACAAGGGGGACUUGGGCAGCGAGCCUGCGGACUCCUGCGUGAAAAGGUACUCUGGCAGUGGUGGGGACGGGGGCAGCGCAAGACCGGAGAGCCUGGAUGUGUUCAGCGAGAUGAACCCUCCAAACGACAAGUGGGACAGUGAUGUGAGUGCGAAUAAAAGGAGGAGCUACGAAGGCUUUGGAACGUACAGGGAAAAGGACAUCCAGGCCUUCAAGAUGAACCGCAAGGAGAGGAGUUCCUACGACUCCUCCGUGUCUCCAGGAGGAAAAAGCCCCUAG